UGUGCAACCAACACCACCACCUCCUCCAUUGAUUCACAGACUUCAAAUUCCCCCACAAGCAGCCCAUCAGCUUCCACAGUGAUCAGAUUAAUAACAACAAUAGCCUGUGAUCACACAGGAGGAGAUAACCGGCGCUGCUCGUCCUCCGCGGGAUACUUGGAUAGCUACAGCAACAGGAUCCAUCCCUGCUCCUCUCUGCUGUCUUUUUUCACGUCUGAUCUACACCUGUGUUUUCCACUUUGAGAACACCCGCUGUUUUUUUGUGUAACUACUUGGAUACCUGCGCGUUGUCCUUUAUAAAUGUCGGACUGAAUAUAACUGCUAUGACAGGGAAACUAGCGGACAAGCUCCCUCUUACCAUGAGCAGUUUAAUAAACACGAUCCCUGACAGUCUCUACCCAGAAGAGGACAUCCCGACGUCUAUGAAUAUUUUCACCAGUACGGAAUCUAUUAACCACUAUUCACAGAUGAACACAGAUAAUAUCAUGGAUCUGGGCAUGGGAAGCGAGAAAGCAACCGCAGAGAUUCAGUAUGGAUCCAGCUUCCAGUCCAACCGCAGCGGGCAGACUGUCACCUAUCUGGGGAAGUUUGCCUUUGACACUCCUCCGUCAGGUGGCAUUGGUGGCUCUGGCUGGUGCUCUGAUAACAAUAUCAUAAGUCUCGUCAGUGCAGGGAUCCUGGGUGUUUCUCCAUCACCCGGCACGGUAACAACGCAGACAUCAUCCUCCGCAGCCAGCAUGGGCGGACAGACGUCAGAUAUGGAACAGGUAUAUGGUCCACCAUUGCCUGCCUAUUCCACAUGCAGUGACCUGUACCAGGAUCAGGUCUCCUUCCACCACAGCCCUGCCACCAGCACGGCUCUAGCCUACCCUGGCAAUGACUAUCACUCCACAUCCAAAGCCUCCAUGGAUGGCAGCCUUUUCUCCAUGAUCCCUGACUACAACCUUUUCCAUCAUCAAGGGGAAGUUGGUGUGAUGGAGCACAAGCCCUUCCAGACCAUGGACCCUAUCCGAGUCAACCCUCCACCCAUCACACCCCUGGAGACCAUCAGAGCGUUCAAAGACAAGCAGCAAAUUCACCCAGGUUUCAUCGGCGGGCAGCAGCACCCUCCUCAGCACCACCCACCACCACAGACUCUCACCCUGAAACCCAUCCGACCACGGAAGUACCCCAACCGUCCCAGCAAAACCCCUGUCCAUGAACGGCCGCAUGCCUGUCCGGCAGAGAACUGUGACAGACGCUUCUCACGCUCAGACGAGCUCACACGUCACCUUCGCAUCCACACAGGUCACAAACCCUUCCAGUGCCGAAUAUGCAUGCGCUCCUUCAGCCGGAGUGACCACCUGACCACACACAUCCGCACACACACGGGCGAGAAACCCUUCUCCUGUGAGUUCUGUGGACGCAAGUUUGCCAGAAGUGACGAGCGAAAGAGACACGCAAAGGUUCACCUGAAACAGAAGGACAAGAAGCCAGCUGACAAGAGCAGUGGGGCAGCUGGGAGCCACAGCUCGCCACCCAGCUCCUGUGGGGGGCCAACAGUGGGAACAUCAUGACCGUCACUACGUGCACUUGGACUGAACCCUCACCAUGCCCCAUAAAGAGACUUAGGAAGAAGGGAUCACGUCCACUAUGAGAUAAAUAGGUGACUUUUUUUCCUCUCUUUUACAUCCCCUGCUCCUUUCGGUUGUAGUCCUUCUAUUUUGAGAUGGAUGCCUUUAGUUUAAUUAAGAGGGGAAAGGCUGCUACGCCCUUCUCUUUCAAGCAACUCAGAGCCUCAGCUACUGUAACACAGUGCCAACACAAAGAAGGGCACCUUGGCACAUUCUGUCCAAAAGGCCACUGUGUAUCUAUAUCUUUAUCUAUACUUUUAGGGUGGAUACACUUUUGUAAAUUUUACUGAGAAUUUCUAAAUUGGACGGAAGCCAGAAUCCAUCAUAAGGGUCGAAACACACAAUUAUAAUGGAGCUUAGCUAAAAGAUGAGCUGUCUGGGAUGUAUGCAUUAAUUUUAUUAGGCUGUUUAAAAGUGCAAUUGGUUAUAUUUGUGUACUGUCAUGGAUACCUUAUUAGUGGCACUUGACUGUCUUUCUGUUGUUUUUGUUGAGGUGUAGUGUUUUUUUUAUUUUCUAUUUGAAUGUUGUUUUCUGAAAAAGAAUGUGCCAAAUGUAAUGUGGUGAUACAGCCAACCUGGUUCAUAUUAUUGUGCCUGACAUUUGCCAAACAUAAAAGUGAUAUCAGCUUAGCACACACGUUGAGUUCAAGGAUUCAAAGAUCAGAUUCAAACACCGUAUCUUAGAUUUAGAUUUACCUGAACAGUUUGGUUAAAUCUAGAUAAUGACAGAAUGGGUCACACAAAGCAAACCAAUGUCUUGUCCUGUUACCUGUACUUAUAAAAGGAAACAUGCCUGCAGCAAUCAAUGCCUUUGCCAAUACUUAUUUAUUUGUAGUCACUGAGAGACACUGUGUAUAUUUGUUGCCUUUUUAUAUGGUGGCUUUUGUGGUGUUACCAGAUAUAAUUUCUGUUGCUUUUUUUUGAAAAGCUCACCAAUACUGUUCAUUCUUUCAGUUUUCUUGAGUUCUGCAAUUAUAUGCAAUAUAUUCAUGACAUGUGUCACCAACCCAUAAAUCAAAUUAUCUAAGAGCACAGUUAGACAGAGUGAACUACUUAAAUAAAUGACACUGGGUUGAAAACCAGGAGUAUAUGAAAGCAAAGAUGAAUAAGGAAAAAGAUGAAUGAGGCCCCAUGUCUGUGCUUCACAGUGUAAAAAGACUCAACUACUUGUUUAAAUCAACAAAAGAUGAGCAACAUAUGGUAGAAGAAAAAUUAAAAUUUCCAAAUCCAUGUUUACAUCUUUUCUAAUACAGAGAGACUGAGACUGAGUUGUAAACUAAGGACUUGUUUUUGUACAGUACAAAUAUGUAUGCAGGUAGCUAUAGUAGAAGUUUCACUUUUGUACUCAAAUGUCAAAUGCACCAUAACUCAGUAUUAAAUUGUGCAUAUAUGUGCAUGCCUUCAUGCACACUAUGUAAAUACAAAUGUCUGCAUAAACAAGAACUUUCAAUUGACUGAAUGCUUGUGCGGAAUGUGUAAAGCUUUUAGUAAUGUAGUUAUAAUACAAAUAUUUUGUUGUCAUAGGUCAUUGCAAAAAUUUUUGUAGCACUAAAAUAGUGCCAAAUAUGGUGUGUUAUCUUC